CCGGCGGCGUGUUCCUCUUUCCCGAGGCUCCCAGCAUCCCGGCAGGUGGAAGCUUGCUCUUCGUAGUCGGCGUAGGGCUCCGGCUUGCCUGUGCUCCGAUCCCUCGCGUCGCAGCACCCCCAACUCCCAGGGCCGCUGCUCUGGCCGCACUCCUCCGCCGGCGACAGACCCAUGGCUGAGCGCGGGGAACUCGACCUGACCGGCGCCAAACAAAACACCGGAGUGUGGCUGGUCAAGGUUCCUAAAUAUUUGUCACAGCAAUGGGCUAAAGCCCCUGGAAGAGGCGAAGUUGGGAAACUGCGGAUUGCCAAAAAUCAAGGAAGGACCGAGGUGUCAUUUACUUUGAAUGAGGAUCUUGCAAAUAUUCAUGAUAUUGGCGGAAAACCAGCUUCAGUCAGUGCUCCUAGAGAACAUCCAUUUGUCUUGCAAAGUGUUGGAGGACAGACAUUAACAGUGUUCACUGAGAGCUCAUCAGAUAAGCUUUCUCUGGAAGGAAUAGUGGUACAAAGAGCUGAAUGCCGACCUGCUGCCAGUGAAAACUACAUGAGAUUAAAGAGAUUACAAAUAGAAGAAUCUUCCAAACCUGUAAGGCUCUCGCAGCAAUUGGACAAAGUUGUGACAACCAAUUACAAACCUGUUGCUAAUCAUCAGUACAAUAUUGAAUAUGAAAGGAAAAAGAAAGAAGACGGAAAACGAGCUCGAGCUGAUAAACAACACGUUUUAGACAUGCUGUUUUCGGCCUUUGAGAAACAUCAAUAUUACAAUCUUAAGGACUUGGUGGACAUCACAAAACAGCCCGUGUCGUACCUGAAGGAAAUCUUAAAAGAAAUUGGUAUUCAAAAUGUAAAAGGUAUCCACAAAAACACAUGGGAGCUGAAGCCAGAGUACAGACAUUAUCAAGUAGAAGAAAAGAGUGACUAAGAAAACCCGAAGCCCGCCUGCUAACAGAACAACUGAAGGGUGAUGCGCUAAGCAAACGGCCUUGAUACGUGAAUCUUUGACCACCAUCUAUUAUAGGGGGAAAAUGGCUGGUACUUUAAUUUCUCUAGGUAAAUUUUUUAAACAGUAAUUCUUGUCAAGUUGCUUAAGUGAUUUUUGAGGAAAAAGGACGCAUUUAUUUAUAUACUUGUGUUAAACCAGAUUAUUCGUGAUGGGGUUGGGGGUUGAAGAAGGUUUUCCUUUUUAAAUAUUAACUUUUAAAAUGUAAAGUUGGGAAAUGUUUUCUACAUGAGGACUCCCCGUCCUCGUCUCUCUCUGAGGAGGUGAGGCAACACACACCCAAAGUGAACGCAUAGCAGGAAAAGAGUAGUCAACUCCAGAAACUCUCAAAAGGAAUUAAAAAGAGUUUCUUAUUCUGAAA